AUGCAAGACCGAGAGCAGGAGCAUGCUCGCAUCCGCAAAGAGCAAAUCAAAGUACACGAAGAUCUGAUGCCAAAGCUCUUUCCUAAGUCACAAGUGGGAGUACUCAACUUUGCCGAGGCUGACAUAACCUCUGGAGACAGUCUAAGUGAAUCAGCCUUGGUUGUGGCAGGCUUCCUAUCACUCACAGACAAAGAAUUAUUCUCUUUCGAGCCUGUCGCUCGAUUGCGCUCUAUCAAGGAGCAUGUCUACCGGUGGCAGGGCAUGGCCAGACGUGUUGCAGCUAUCAAGGAAGUUCACGAGAUUGUGUGUUGCUUGAUGGGCAAGUUUCCAGUAUCUGACACGACAUCAAAUUCAAGAGAUGCGUACUAUGCAUUGGGUGACCAGUGGGCUACAUUGCCUCCCAUACACGAGCAGAACCAAGAGAAGUCCAAGCAAGAAAUUGGGCGCAGAUUUCAAUAUGCGGAGAAUGCAAUCUACCCAGACAUGCCAUACGCCGACGCCAGCGCCGAGAUCAACUUUUUGAUUGAGCAAGUAGAUCGUGCUGAGCGUCUCGACUAUGCCUUCUCUCGCCAGCUGUGUCUAUAUAUCCUUUUGCAAGUUCAAACGUUCCUGUGGAUCGACGGCUGGGUGCCUCAAGAUCUGCGAACGAUUGAGUUUGUGCAAGGACUGCGGGCCAUUGGUCUACCGAGUACCUUCACGUUGAAAAAUUCAUUGCUACAUGUGAUCGUCAAUCAUAUGAAGCGCGUCGGGAACAAUGACCUUGAAGUCAUCAGAGACUAUGAGGUUGAAGAGGUGGAUUGA